AUGCAAGCUAACCCUCCAGGCAAAAGAAACACCACCCGCCCAAUCUUCACCUCCCACGAGCGGGCCAUGGCUCGCGCGGCCUGGGGUGAUUCCACCGCCCGUCUCGGCCGCGACUCCUUCCUCCCGUUUGCCUCCUGCUGGCUAUGUCUAGAGCCCGCCAUCGAUCCAGUCGCAUGCACCAACGGCGACUUAUUCUGCCGCGAAUGCGCCCUGAGCAACAUCCUCGCCCAAAAGAAAGAAAUCAAACGCAAUGAAAAGGCCCGUGAACAGGAAGACAAGGAGGCUCUGGAGGAGCAGGCGCGUGCCGAUGCCGAGGCCGAGGCGAGGGCAAUUCGGGAGUUUGAGUUGACACAGGCCGGGCUGAGUCUCAAGCCUGCUGCUCGAGCCGAUGGGAAGAAGUCGUCAACGUCAACAUCAACACCAAUGGAAAAACCGCCACCUGAGGCAACACCAUCGGAAUUAAACGGGACACCUGAUCCUACUGCGAAAACGGGCGAGAAACGCAAGUUUGCCCUUGACGAGGACGAAUUAGCACGUAUUGCAUCCGAGGAAAGAGCCAAGGCAAGAAAGGCGAUUGACAGUGAAAAGGCCGCAAAACCAACACUGCCCUCCUUCUGGUCCCCAUUCGUAACGCCCUCCUCCAACAAAAACAACACCCUCCACGAAGUCAAGAGGAAGACCAAAACCCAACCAACUUGUCCCUCGAGCUCACAAGACAACCCCCACUAUUACUCCCUCCACACUCUCGUAACAGUCCACUUCACCGAAGAAACCGACUCCUCCACCAAAAAGACAACAAGAAUAUGUCCCGCCUGUAAAAAGGGCCUGACCAACUCAUCCAGAGCCACUCUCGCAAAGCCAUGCGGCCACGUCCUUUGCAAGAGCUGCGUCGACCAGUUCAUGAAGCCUUCCUCCUCCAAGUCAUCAGAACCGGUCUUGUGUUAUGUCUGUGAAGCUAACCUGACAGAGUCCAAACCCAGCAAGAAAGAGAAGGAGGGCAAAGAGAAAGAAAAAGUACGUCCCGGCCUCGUCGAGCUACGCAGAGAAGGUACUGGCUUUUCUGCGGGAGGAGCCAACACGGUCAAAAAGGACACUGUAACUUUUACCGUGUAG